UCUUUUCCUUCUUUCUUCGCAACCAAGCCAGUUCACGGAGAAAAUCAGAAGAAUACAUCUCCGGUGAGAGAGAGAUUGAAGGGAGAGAGAGAUGGAUCCGCAGCUAACGGAGAUUUUGCAGCAGUUCGAGGUGUUCAAAGCAGCCUUUGUAAGGAAGGAUUACGAUACCUGCAGUAAUCUGUUGUCUCAGCUCAAGGUUCGUCUAACCAAAUUCAGAAGUCUACCGCCAUUGUUUGAGAAUACACCUAAUGCAACUCAGGAAUUGAUGAUUGCUAGGGAUAUUUAUGAGCAUGCUGUUGUUCUAAGCGUAAAAACUGAGGAUCAAGAUGCUUUUGAGAGAGAUUUCUUCCAGUUGAAACCAUACUAUGUGGAUGCAAGGAGCCGCCUUCCGCAAUCUCCACAGGAGAACCUAAUCCUGGGUCUUAACCUACUGAGACUGCUUGUUCAGAACAGAAUUGCUGAAUUCCACACGGAACUGGAAUUGCUUUCAUCCGAUGCGCUGGAUAAUCCUUGCAUCAAACACGCAGUAGAGCUUGAGCAAUCAUUCAUGGAAGGCGCUUAUAACCGCGUGUUGAGUGCUAGACAGACUGCACCCGAUGCAACUUACGUGUAUUUCAUGGAUCUCUUGGCAAAGACCAUAAGAGAUGAAAUAGCUGGAUGCAGUGAGAAAGCGUACGAUUUUCUCUCAAUCAGUGAUGCCCGGCAGAUGUUACUGUUCUCUUCUGAUCAAGAACUCUUAACAUAUGUCGAGGAGGAGCAUCCUGAGUGGGAAGCGAAAGACGGGUUUGUGGUUUUCCAGAAAGCCAAAGAAGCAGCGCCAUGCAAGGAGAUACCGUCUCUGCAACUCAUCAACCAGACACUCAGCUACGCGAGAGAGUUGGAGCGUAUUGUUUAAGGUCCAGUUUCAAUGGUAAUUCUCUAUCUUCAUUUGCCUUGACUUCUUGCAAAUCUGUUCCCUUUGAAACCAUUUUGGGUUGGGUCUUCUGGGUUAUGAACUUGGCCUGACUUUGAUAUCUCUCAUAUUUCCUUCAAAAGUGCCUUCAAUUGAUGGAAUUGGACACGACUACUUAGUGCUUACCAUGAGAUCGAUCUGUUCUUCCCCGUUGUCUCUUUGUUGCAAAUCCAGAUUUCGUUGUUU